GUAGCUGCACAACAAGACUAUGGGAGGAAACGCAAGCAAGGCCGCGCCCAGAGGCACACCAACGAGUUGUCGAGCCGCGUUCAGUAUAGCUACAAUACAACUAAGGGUGUAGUCUUCGGGCAUUCAGACUCGGCAAACAAGCUUUAGUGCUGACGUGCUUGUGAGUCUGGGUGCGCAUUAUGCCAGACACCGGACAUUGGACGGCAUAAUGCCCAGACUCGGCACGUAAGCACUAAAGCUUGUACUGGCGCGUAUUAAAUACUCAUUGCCGUGUAGCAUCACAUUGCUCGACGGCCCUUCCCACAAACACAGCCACUUGCGGCCCAUGUACGGGAAACCGCGAAUGCGGGAACAGAAAGGGGCAGCAGAAUUGCGCAAUUGUUAAUAGCGAUACUAACACUCGGCUCACUAGGGCAUUUAUCACUUGACAACUGAACCCGGGCGAGUCAAACAGCACCAGAAGACAAACCCUACCUGGUCGGAACCAUGCCGACACACAAGGCACAGGAGCCGCGCGCGGCGAGGCCGGAGCCCCAGCCGGGCGCGCCCCCAGAGACUCUAGGCAUCCCAAAGAAGGUUGUCAAGAAGAUCGUGCUCAGCGUUCUCAAGCUGCGUCGGCGCCUUCAGCGCAAGUUCAAGAAGCUUGUCACGGCGGUUCGGCCAGUCGAGCCCGCCGCCCCGGCUGCGCCGGCCAUUGCCCCGCCCCUUCCCCCGCCCCUUCCCCCGCCCCUCCCUCCGCCCCUCCCUCCGCCUCUCUCCCGGCCCCGGCCCCCGCCCGGAGGCGAGGAAGACAGGCUUUCUCGGCUGGCAAUGAAGGUGGAGGAGGUCACGGCGGUGGCCCGUCAGAGGACGGACGAGCUCCUGGCUCGCGGCGAGAAACUGGAGGACCUGAACGAGUUGGCGGAGCAACUGCAGCAUGAGUCCCAGGAAUUCGAGAGGCGCUGCCGGCGGCUCAAGGGCAUUCCCUGGUGGGCCCGCCUGGCGGCGGCCGGCGCCGCCGUCGCCGCCGUGGUGGUCGCGUGCGCGGUGUGGGGCGCGGGGCAUCCGCCGCGGCUCGCCGCCCGCCGUCGGCGCAACAGCCGCGUGUCUAUGAUGAACUACUAAGGAGGAACCGCUUGAAGAGGAACCAGUGAAGAGAAACCGCCGAAGAGGAAUCGCGCAAGAGGAGUUGUUAAGACGGCGGCGGCUUGGGGUGCCGCAUGCGUGCGGGGCGCCGGGAGGGUGGUGUGUACAUGUAAGUGUAGGGCCUGUUUGGCUGUUUGCUGGCGGCAUUGUGACGAGCACGCACGUUCUCGAAUCUUGAAGCACAUACUUUACAGGCAUGGGCGCUCCCCGGUGUGUAACGGGGCGGUGUGUGUGUGUGUGUGUGUGUGUGUGUGUGUGUGUGUGUGUGUGUGUCGCGCACUCGCGCAGCAGCAUGGUGUGAAUGAUUGCUUUGGCGCAUUGAUGGAAUGAAGCAGGAGGGCGGACUCCCUGGGCACCAGCGCAGCCUCUGCUGGCUGAGGUGCUGGGCUACUGGUUACUUUGGGUGCUGAUGGGGUGUUAUUCUUUUCCAGCCUUAAUACGCGUUGGGCGCGUGCCUUUGCACGUCAUGCUAGCAUUCAGCAGUCCCCCUCAUCGCAUGAGAGUGCCGGGUUGAUAAAUGAUAGUAAGAGUGUCAGACAAGGCGCUGAACUGAACUGCCGUUAACCCGGCUGCGUAAAGCACAUGUAUACAGCAGUACGGUAUGCCACACGCGUGGUGGUUGGACACAUGUCAUGAUGUUCAGCCGCCGGGGAAGCCGGGAAGGAUGGAUGUUAUCGAAGACUCGCCAACGAUUACAACCGUAUGUGUGCGCGUGCGCGCGUGUGUGUGUGCGCGCACGUGUGCAAUCUUAUAUGUACAGUAUGUAUGGUGGGCCGCUGCGAACUGCUGACAAAGUGCAUGUGUAACUUCUGCGAGAC